AUGCCAGCUAGCCGAAUUAGGCUAAACGCGGCCGAACUCGAUAUGCCCAUUCGCAUUCGCACACCAGCGCCGGGUGUGUUCGCGGCCAGUUACCACUAUCCUACUGGCAAGGGUGAAUUCGACAGUGAAACUUUCCCGUGGUUGAAUCCCUCAGACUCGAGUUCACCAAGACUCUGCCACAUCUGUUCCCGUCUCAAUUUUUCAUGGCUCUACUCUCAGUCUCUAUACGAAUAUAACGCUUCAGAUGGUUCCGCUACAUCUCCACUCUCGGACGGGAUUCGCCUCGGCCUAUUCGCAGACAUCGCCGGUCGCUUGUUCUGCUCGUUCUGUCAGCUCAUCGUUCAUGCUAUGAAAAAUGUAGCGGACAUCGAUAUGCUGAAUGAAUUCGACGAGUGGCAUAGUCGUGAUAUCUAUAUUAUGAACUAUGCGUACAGCAAAUCAGGGUUAGCAAUAAGCCCUGAGUCCAAAAAGGCAGGUUCCAAGGAAACAGAAUACGCCAUGCGACUUGGGGUAUGGCUCAAGCAUAUCAAGGAUGAUGAGACAAUCAUGCAUUUUGGAAGGCGAAGUGUCAUGAUUCAGCGUGUAUGCGACGAUUCCGCUAAACCCAUCAUGUACGGUGGCCUGCCUUUGGCCCUGGAUACGCCAAGUCAAAUUCAGACCAUAAAUCGGUGGAUUCGCCCGUGCUUAGAGGACACUCGCCCGACAGCGCUGACCUCUCGCCACGAUAUGAAGGCGUUGCGCCUGAUUGACACCCAAAAAUCAUGUAUUGUCGGUCCAUUCCAAGGUGAAAGAUAUGUCGCGCUCAGUUAUACAUGGGGAAAGAUAGAUCCGUUGGUCUUAAAAAGAGAUAAUGAAGUGAUACUCCGUCAAGAAGGGGCCUUCGUUGCUCUGAAAGAAAAAGUACCGACAACCAUUCAAGACGCCAUUUCCCUGUGCCGCAUGCUUGGAGAACAGUACUUGUGGGUUGACAGUUUGUGCAUUAUGCAGGACACUGUCGAUAAACACGACCAGAUCCAGCAGAUGGAUCGAAUCUACCGGAAUGCAGCCCUUACAAUCGUUGCCGCGGCUGGACGGGACGCUAAUGCCGGAUUACCUGGCAUUUCCAGUCUCCGCGAUGUACGACAACGCAUUGUUGAUAUUAAUGGUUUGCGUCUAGCCAAUCUACUGCCAUACUUGAGCAAUGCAGUCGUUGCCUCGGUCUGGGAAACUCGAGGCUGGACAUUUCAAGAGAGUGCUCUAUCACUGCGGAAACUCAUGUUUACUCCGGCUCAAGUAUAUUACCACUGUCAGCACGGAGACUGCAGCGAGGACGUGCACGGCGAUCUUCACAGCAGCCUGCGGCUUGCACCUGGCGGUAGCAGUAUCCCAAUGCGCCUCAAUAUUGACAAUGUGUCCAACUGGACGAUAUAUAGGAACAUUGUUGCCAAGUACUGCACUCGAGAGUUAUCGUACGAAUCUGAUGCGAUAAACGCCUUCAGUGGGAUUGCAGCCUUUCUCAGUGAGUCCAUCUUUGCCGGAUGCUCACUAGUCAUGGGCAUUCCUGUUUGCAGCUUGGAAGUUGGGCUAAUGUGGCAACCAACUUCGAGACUUCGCCGUCGCUCUAGUGCAAUGUUCCCGUCCUGGUCUUGGGUGGGCUGGUCAGGCUCGACUGAGUAUUCCGACGUAAUCGAUUGCGACAAUCUUUUUGAAAGGAACAUAAGCCGCGUCACUUGGAAAAACCUCAGCUCCAAACCGGAACCUGAUCAAAAUAUUAUGACCUGUAUGCCCCCAGAGACUUGGGUUGGAUGGAAUAAAUGGACUCGCAUGGUAGAUAGUGACAUGGAUGAAGUAUACUACAUCCAUGAAGACCUCCCUGCUUCGCGUUGGUUUGCCCACCCCAUAGAACGACGCCAGUGGCCAACAAACUACACAAAUCCACGUUUACAGCUGACUGCCGAUGUAGCGAGGCUCAAAAUUACGGGUAAGCAUGCCGAUUUAUGGUUCAAAAGUGAAGAGUGCGAGGAAGGGAACCACCAAGUUUGUCGACUUCAAGUCUUCGACCAGAACAACCGUAAAGCUGGGAUAGUCGUCAUGGAUGGUGCGACCUUCGAAGAAACGAAUUUCGACACACAGCCGCUUUUCUACUUUAUCAAAAUAUCGCAGACAACGCUUACCCUAGGCCGUGAUGAUCCAGCCUGGAAUGUUGAAACAAAAAAGUUCACUGGGAAGCCCGGCGAGCAGGCAAUCAACCCCCAGCCUCCCUUUGAUCUUGAAGAGGAGGAGUUUGAUCAGACUAUCUACGAUCGGAAUAUCUGCUGGUGUUUAUACAACGUGUUGGUCGUGCGGUUUGACGGAGAUGUUGCAUAUCGUAUUGCUGUGGGUCAGGUCCAUAUCAGUGCCUUCGAUAAAUUUGUGCUCUUCUUUUGUUAUGGUUAUCGCUUGUUUCCAGAUCAAGUUAGUUCGCCAAGAUGCUCCGUGCUUCGCUCCUUUCCCGGAUCCUUAAGAUCAGACGGCGACUAA